AUGUCCGAGGCCACUUCGACGAUAUCUGAAAGUCUGUGGAGUGCCUCGGAACCGCCUUCCGAAACUAUCAGCUCGACGACGGCGCCGGACGAGCCCAGUCGCACCACAAGUACGAGCCCCUCUAUCGAGAGCGCCUCUAGUUCCUUCCUGCCAAUCGACGGUGACGAGCUCUUGGCCAGUAUACUACCGUCGCCCUCGACAAGCUCCAGAAUUAAGAAGUCAUCUCUUGCCGGCGUCGUCGUCGGCGCUAUUGCGAUUGUCGAUCUCGCCACCCUCGCCCUCAUCUGGCGGUAUAAGAAGCGGCACGCCCAACGCAUAUCUGCUGUCAGUACAACGGCUGGUCCGCAUCCCGAUGCUAUCGAUGAGAGCCUUCCCAACGAGACGACAGACGCUACAGCUCAGCUCGAAUCGCCAGCAUCGUCGGAAUCUCGGUGGCUCACAUGGAAGCACCGCUUACCUUUUGGACGAGGAGACACGAAGCAGUAUUCCUCGCCAAACAUGGUCUCCAGUUAUCUAUCACCAUCUGGGGGGCCAGCUUGGGAGAAGGAUGGCCAGGAGCUCCACGAACUGCCUGCGAAUGAGUGCCGGACAUACGCCGAGAUAAGUAGGAGGAGGGGUGAGUACAGCACUAUGUCAGGUGAAUAUAGCGACGGAAAGAUGGGCAUGGCCACGGUGGGCAGGUGCGCGAUGUAG